AUGUCCGAGCAGGGAACUCAACGCCCAAGCGGGCAAGGCACCAUCACAAACCUAGCCAGAUGGCAUUGGACCCAGUACACCAGCGCACUAGAGUCCCUCGUGCACGGCAACACGAAGCCCGGCAUCGAUCUUCUCCUCGAGCUGGUCGUCGAUCCGCAGCUCCCUUGGGCACUCCGAGCUCUCGUCAAUCUGUCGCUCGCACGAGAGACUGAUGUUCGCCGAUACCCUAUCAGUGUCAAGCGUGCCUGGAUCUCGAGGGCCGAAGCGGUGAUCGAUAUAGUCAAGCGUGACGGCAAGCAGGCUACCAUCGACCAUGUCGAAAGCCAGAGACAAGCAACCAUCAACAUCGUGGAUGAGCAAGAGCGAGAAGGCGUUCCAGCUAGGAGCAAGAUGAGAAUACGAGCACCAGCAGCCAUGGGCUGA